UGGUUUAUCUCUAACAAGAUUAAGAUAACUGCUUUUCGUUAUAUAAAUCUACGGGAACUACUUGCGAAUGUCACUGUUCUCAUUCGUAGCUGUGCCACGAUGAAGGUUACAUCAACACUGUUGGCCAUCUUGGCUAUAAUUGGUCUUGGACAAACUCAUCAAGUCCAGAAUUUCGGCAGCGGUCCUCUUUACGAUGAUCUUUCUGACUUCGCAAAGUUAGUCCCUGCUGAAAAAGUUAGCGCUAUUCUAACGGAGUACAUAACAGAAGAUGCCGAAGUACAAGAAGCUAUUACUUAUCUUCUAACUUCGACUAUAUUACCAGACCUGGUGAGGGAUGUGGAGGCCAUUCCUGAAGUGAUGAACCUCGUCAACUAUCUGCAUAAGGAAGGACUCGACGUUUACCUUGUACUAAACGAAAUUAACAAAGCUCUCGGUCUCAAGGAACUCGAACCACCUCCUCGCCAAUUGUAUUCUCCGAUUGCGCAGAGGACUGGCGGGAUUGCAGGGCUUUUCAAAGACAUCGGUAAUGUGCUUCCUCUUGACGAGUUCAUUCAUACCUAUGCGCAGAAGUUAAAGACCUCAACAGCGUUUGGUGGCCUCAUCGGUCAACUCAAGUCCGACAACUUCCAGCAGGCCGUAAACAAAGUCUACAAUGUCAAAUCCGUUCAGAUCAUCUUGAAUGGACUUAAAAGCAGCGGAGUGAACACGCAAAUCGCAGCGGAUCUCUUGUUUAUAGUCCUCGGCAUCACUGUACCGAACGACGUUUCUGUUUACGUACUCCAGGAGCGUACGCUGGACGAAGAAUUCGAGGACUUUGUGAAACUCCUUUCGGUGGAUGAGAUUAUUGAGAUAGUGAUCAAGUAUGCAACCAAUGAUGAAAAAGUAAUAAACGCUCUUCGAUUCAUGCUUACAACUGAAUUCCACUCUAUGCUGCGAGAGAUCGAAGCUCUUAAUCCACAUCAAGCUUUGGUGGUAUAUCUGGAGAAGGCCGGAUUACAUGUUAUCCAGGGUAUCCAACUGUUGCACGAAGCCAUUGGUAUGGAGGAUUAUGUGCCGCCCAAAAUAGACAGCCUCUUCGAGUCUCAAAUUGGAGUACAGAAGGUCGGCGACGGAAUGAAAGGAAUGAUCGAGGAAAUUUACAAUACUCUACCUCUUGACAAGAUUGACGCUCUUUAUAAGGAGAAGCUGCAGAAUUCGAAGGUCUUCGCUGACUUUGUCGGAAAGAUAAAGUCUCCGGAUAUGCAAAAAUUAAUCAAUGACCUGUACGGUAAUGCAACCUAUAAAAAUUUUGUCAUGAAGAGCAGGGAAAAGGGAUUGGAAUUUCAAGAACUGACGAAACUUACCGCUAGAAUAUUUGGACUUGAAUUCCCAUACUAAAAUUAUGUAUAAUUUUUUAAACGCCUGUUUUAAACGUGUGCCCUUUUGUCUUAUGCCGUUACAUUGAUGCAUCUAAUAACAAAAUGUCAUUUUUUAAUUAAACAAUUAUUUUUUUAAAUUAAUUACAGAUAAUAAUUUUGUUGCUUUAAUUAACAAAUUAUUUGUUUUAUGUGAUAAAAAGAUCGAAAUAAAGAGCAAACUUAUGUUAUAACUA